GCUCAGGGUCGCAGGCGGCCACCUGCCACCACAGCUGUGCAUUUUUCUGCCACAGCUAUGGUAGCAUUCGACCGGGCGCCCCGGGAGAAGUUCCCGCUCACCGGCGAGGACGACAGCCGUGCUCAGGGCCACCACGUCUUCAACGUGAAGCCGCGGCGCCGUGCCGAGUCGGAACCCAGGCAGCAGCUGAAGCUGCCGGCGCUGCCGAAGGUCCACCUGAAGCGGGAGCGCAUGAGAUUCCGGCCCGCGCCCCUGCAGGUGCAGGUCGGCGGGCCCGACCUCUUCAGUGCGCUGCUCGAGGAGCUCCCGACGAGGGAGCCGCAUCCGCUGGACAAGUAUCCAGCUGAGGCCGGCGCCGAUGCCCAAGGCGGGGAGGCGCAUCGAGGACGGCGACCUGACGAAGAUCACUAG